AGCGGGCGGCUGGUGGGAGAGCCAACCACAUGGUCAUGCCCAGUGGGUCUUUCAGUGUGUUUGGCUCUGAUGGUCUGCACUCACCGUAACCCCAGAGCAGCCUGAAUGUCACAAGCAGGCGGAGACAGGCUGAGGAGGCCACUUGUAGGUGGUCAACAGGGAGUGCCAGUGUCCCUGAAUGCCUGGAUCCCUGAUCCAUGCCAGUCCUUGCAGCCCAGCUGGUGGCAGGUUCUGUGGGAGUGAGAGGGUGGACCCAGGGGUGGUGGUGUGAGUAGCCAGCAAGGCCUGGCUCAGCGCCCUGGGCUUGGAGGGUGCUGGGGAGGUGGGUAGGACUUGUUUCCAUUGCUCCUAGACUGACAAAGGGGAAGGGUGUUAGUGACAGCUGAGGGUGAGAUGGGGAGGAAGAAAGCAGCCAGGCUGGAGGGGCUGCGACACUGGAUGGGCCCCCCAGGUGGGGACCCAGGGGGGUCCUACAAGAAACGAGGUGAGGCUCCUGCAGUGAGCAGAUGCCCGCGACUGGUGGUACAUCCUGUGAAGAUCCUUGUCUUGGGCAGCAGGGACGAGGGAGGCCGGAGUCCAGACCUGCCCUUGAGUAGCUUCUGUCAUGCAGGUGAGUGGACAGUAAAGUGUUGAGUGCAUGUGGCAGGCACAGUGUGAAGGAGGGUGGGGGGCGUGGGAAGAGGCAGCUCUCGAGCCCAGGGCUGAGGUGGGAGUAAGGGUCCAGUGUGGGGCACAGACAACAGCCGGGCUGAGGCGGUGCCCCAAGCCGUGGGCGUAGCUAUGCAAAGGCCCCGGGGCAGGACCAUGUUGGAGAAACAGGAGGGAGACCUGUGUGUGUGGAGCAGAAUGAGCAAGGGGGAGGAGGAGGAGGGGAAGGAAGGGAGGGGACGGGAGGUCAGGCAGGGCCUGGUGGGCUGAGGAGAGGAUUUGGGCUUUUACCCCCAGGGAGGUGGAACAGGACCAUGUUGCGUGUGGAGACCUGGACACAGGUGGGAAGGGACCAGGGAGGAGGCGUUGCCCUGUCAGGUGCUGGCAGGAGUAUAGCCACAAGCCACUGGAGAUGGUGAAAGACAGCCAGGUUCUAUAUUUGUUAAUUUUUUUGUGUGUGGUAAAAUGCGGGUAACAUAUUAAGGUGUACAGUUCAGUAUGUUUUUAGUAUGUAUCCUAUGUUGUGCUACCAUCAUCACUGUUCCAGAAUUUUCCAUUCCUGCAAAGAAGCCCCAUCCCCAUCAGCAGUCACCCCCCGCCUUUCCCCUCCCAGCCCCUGACAACCAGAAACCCACUCUGUGGACCUGCCUGCUCUGGACAUUUCCCAUCAGUGGAGUCACACCCUGUGCCCUUCUGUGUCUGCUUCUCUCACGAGUGUUGUGUUUUCAGGGUUGUGUCAAGUGUAUCACUCUGUUCUGUGCUGAGAAGUGCUCUCCAGCACGGAGGGACCCUGCUUGGGGUUUCUGUUCUGCGGUUGGUGGGUGUUUGGGUUCCUUCCGCUCUGGCUUUGGUGGCGUGUACUGUUGUGAACACACGUGUGCAGACCCUCAAAACUGGGUAAAGGACUGGAUGCGGGGAGAAGGUGGAGCUGAGAUUGUGGAAGGGAGAUUCAGAAAGUUGGUUCUGUUCCAAGAUGCCUCUGUGGGGGUGUUGGACAGAAAAGAGACGGUUGGACCGACCCCAGGCCGGCCUCACCCAGGAGCUCCACCGCGGGCCCCUCUCCUGAGGGAGGGAGGCAGUGGCUUGGAUGGGGGCCAGUAGGCCCAGCUGUUGCCAGGACACUGGGGUGGCCUUUGUCGCUGUCAACAAUGGCCCCACAGGACUUGGAGGCAGGAGCCCCCAGGCACGCAGAGGCAGACAUGCAGACCCUGAGGCGGCAGGCUGCCUGGCCCUGUGUUCCCCGGGGGACCCUGGAAGUGGAUUUCCCUCCGCCUCUCUACAGCGAUGACUACCUGUCCCAGGAGGGUCCCCGCUGGACUCCGGCCAUCAAGCAGGCCACGCGCUGGAAGUACACGCCCAUGGGACGCGACGCGGCCGGCCAGCUGUGGUACACGGGCCUGACCAACUCGGACUCCCGAGAAGCCUGGUACACGCUCCCACGGGCUCCGGACAGCCCGUACCGUGAGGCUUAUGCCCGCUGGCACGGGUGCUAUGGCCACCGAGAGCGCAGCCUGCCCUCCGCCUACACCCAGCGUCUGCGGGAGACGGCCUGGUAUGACCCCAUCAUCCCCGCCCAGUACACAGACCCCAGCACUCGGUGGGGAAGCGUGCUGUGGAAGGACAGGCCCAUCAGGGGCAAAGAAUUCGCCAUCAACAGGCACCGUUUCGGGGUGGAACCGCUAUGGCGGGCGUCUGACUAUGUGCGGUACCUGUCAGCGCCCCAGCGCCCGCGCUACACCGCCCAGAACUACCGACAAUGGGGCCUGGAACCCUACUGUCCCGCCACCAACCAGCGGCCCCCGCCCGUCUAUACAUCCAGUCACUGAUAAAGAUCGUGCUGCUGCCCGA